AUUAAUACUCGUAUAAUGACAUCGAUUGGAUUCGACGAACCAGAGCUCAUUUCAAGGGCUUUCCAAGCACUCCAACGCUCUUAUUCUCCUUACAGUAAGUUCAGAGUUGGUGCAGCUUUAGUAUCUACAGAGAAUGAGAUAUUUGGGGGCGCAAAUGUUGAAAAUGCAUCCUACGGUGGUGCUAUCUGCGCUGAACGUACUGCACUCGUGAAAGCUGUCUCCGAAGGGCAUAAACGCUUCCAAGCGCUAGCUGUCGUGUCUGAUCUUGACGAGCCUAUUACGCCUUGUGGAAUUUGCAGACAGUUCAUCAGGGAGUUUUUCUCACCUGAGACACCUAUAUUGCUAGUUUCACAGGCUCAUCCAGCAAACAACGCCUCAGAGACAUCCUACAAAGGACCACUGAUAAAAAGAACAAACAUUAGUGUGCUGCUUCCGGACAGCUUUGGACCUGAGCAACUAGAUAGAUAAAAACGUUAUUUUGUAUGAUUACAGUAAAUUAGUCAAUAGAGAAAAUCC